AUGAGUUCAUUUUCAUAUUGCGACGGUGGUAGUGUUCUUUCUUUGAAAAGUAUUGGACCACUUGGCACUCAUGAGGAUUCGCGAAGGAUAACAACGGCGGUUGAUAAACUGCAGUUUUAUAGGUCUGCAAAAGUUUACCGUGCAAAAGAUCUCAGCAUUCUGGACGCUUUCGAUGAUGAGAUCGAUAGCAAUGUUAAUUCAGUGUUCAAUGGCGUUCUUGAAGAGAUCACCAGUUUCUUCUUAUCAAGUGAGGUACUUCGCGAGAAUAUAUUCGGUCUGAGGCGAGUGUCGCGAAAAUUAAAAACAGCGGUGGUUCAAUGCAGUGCUGCUGAAGUGAGUCGUCUAGUAAAUGGCGUACUAGGCGGUCUUGGUAGAGAAGUUGGUGAACAUUUGGUAAUCAAAUCCGGACAAACAAGUAUCAACGAUGUUGUCAGCAGAUUCGAUGACUGCAGCGGUAAAAAAAAACAGCUUCUGGUUAUCGAGCAAGGCGAGUCCCUUAGCUCACAAUUUUUAAAUGGCCUGUUCUCCUCCUUGGCUUGUCUUACUUGUGAGAUAAUCAUUCUGUUAUGCAUCUCUACAAAGCAGAUCAUGUUUACCUCUCGGGUAUCACGAAGAACCUUGUCUCAACUUUGCAUCCGGCAUUUCUCAUUUUCCCUUUCUCACGAAACGUUCAACAAGAUGUUGGCGGACGUACUGCUCAACCCCUCCUUCACAGACAUGAGGUUACAUCCGCUACUGCUCCGAUUUAUAAGGUCAUCGUUCUGCAGAGACGACUUCUCCGUCUCUUCAGUCAAAACUUGCAUCAGAUUUGCACUUUUACGUCAUCUAUGGACGAAUACAUCUUUUGAUUCAUCGAAAGAAGAAUCUGAGGGCUUCAUCAGCGCUACAGAUAAGUAUUUAGGCGUUCUUCGGUUUUUACACGAAAAUAUCCAUUCAGACGAUCAACGCAAAGAAUAUUUCUCUCAGCUACUGAAGCUUCACGAAGAUGUGCAAUUGAAUGGCUUCGAUCUGAUUGCCAGCUUAUCUAGUUACAGGUAUGUUCCACAUAAAUCUAUACGUUGUCUAGCCUGAUC